GUCGGGUUAAAACAGUAUUUCGAACAAGUUCGGGCAAACACUUUUAUCCGAUAUGUUAGAUAUAUAAUAUAAGAGCUACUUCGUUUAUUAAGAGGUCUAAUGUAACCACUUUACAUCACACGCGACGUGUGAAGGGCAGAAGCAAUAAUACGAAUUAACUACCUAGCCUACCUAACCUAAUGCCACAGAAAAAGACUAUCCUGAUCACCGGCUGCUCUGAUGGCGGUCUGGGCUCGGCACUCGCUUCUGCCUUUCACGAGGCCGGAUGGCGCGUUUUCGCGUCGGCUCGCAACCCGUCCAAACUAAAGAAUGCCCAAGCCGCUGGUAUUGAAACCAUACAGCUCGAUGUUCUGUCCGACGAGUCGGUCGCGGACGCCGUUGCCAAGAUUAAGGAGCUCACUGGCGGCACGCUCGACGCCCUCUUCAACAACGCCGGCGCCGGAUACUCUCUACCCCUAAUGGACUUGGACAUCAAGAAAACCCAUGAGCUAUUCGAGUUGAACGUAUUCUCAUUAAUCAGGGUAACACGGGCUUUUCUCCCACUCCUAAUCAAGUCGCACGGCAUGGUGGUCAACAACACAUCGGUUGCGUCGCAAUUAACUGGCGGGGUCCCUUUCCAAGGUGCCUAUAAUGCGUCCAAGGCGGCUGCCACGAGUAUGACCGACGUGCUGCGGCUGGAGCUGGCGCCUUUCGGAGUGAGAGUGAUUAACCUGCUAACCGGCUCCGUGCAAACGAAUUUCUUCGAAAACGCACCCACCCCGGUUCUACCCCCUAACUCGCUAUAUAACGUGGCCAAGAAAGCCAUCGAGGAAGCCAUGAUAGGCGCCAGCAUGAGCGGCGCCAGCGACCCCAACCAGUGGGCAAGGCAGGUCGUUAAGGACCUUACCCGAUCGAGCCCGGCCCAUUGGAUAUGGCGCGGUAAAUUUGCGACGCAAGUGCGGAUUACUUCGUGGUUCCCCGUCGGGUACUUCGAUGGCCCCCUCAAGCAAUUAUCGAAUUUAAAUAUCCUGGAGCAGAAGAUUAAAGAACAAGGAGGGCCGGAGAAGAUCAAGGUGACAUGACACGACACUCACGGGGGUCUU